UAGCAAAGGAACGUACAGUUACCUAUGUGAUCAAAUGUGCGGUCACUGUUUCGACUCAUCUUGCGAUGGAUACUCGGGAGUUUGUAAAAAAGGAUGCGUGGAUGCAGGUUGGUCUGGUCUUUCCUGUCAUUGUAACCCCCGAUGUAAAGAUGGAUGCGGAGUAGAUGGGGAAUGUCUAACCGGAUGUGCAUCGGGCUGGUAUGGCAAUUAUUGUGCUGAGCUUUGUCUCCAGGAGGGCUGUCAAGAAUGCGACCAGAUGACCGGAAAUUGCACACAUUGUAACUCGGGCAAAUAUGGACAAACCUGUGAAAAAUCUUGCCAAGAAUUUUGUGCUGGAUCUAUUUGUAAUAUUAGAGGCUUAUGUAUUCUUGGAUGUAAAAAAGGAUUCUCUGGAACUUUUUGUCAAAGUCCAAGUGCAGAUUUCGGUUCUUUUGGUAAACCCAUUAUUUACAUCAUCACUUUAGGAGUAUUGUUGUUCGGACUUUUUCUCAUCACCACUGGAAUUCUGAUCCAAAAGAAAAGAAGACAAAAAGCGGCGCCUGAGAAUACAUACGAAUCAACGAUUUCGACUCAUCGUGAAAACGCAGAAUAUGACAAAAUUCAACCAGAUCCUGUUUAUCACAAUACUGAUUGUCACGUUCAAAGUUAGAUUCUGUGUUUUGUAAAGAGGAUAUUCAAUGUUUUGUUAGUUGAAUGUGGAAUUUAUUUUCAUGAGUGGGACAGGAUUUAAAUUGAUGACUCACUGUUUAAAAUACAUUUACUAACAAUAUGACCGUUUGGUGUCGUGGAUAAUCUUUUGAAAUUUUAAUGAUUUUGAACCAAAUUUUAUGAUUAAAAAAAAUAUUAUGAUUUACAGUUGUUCAAAAUGAAAAAUGAUUAAAUCUUAUUGAUUAUUUAACUUGUACCGUUUUUUAUCAAAAUGUCCAUUUUAACUAUUGCACAGAGAACUUUCUCUAGCAUAUAGGAUUUGUAUUUCUAUUUGAAUGUUGUAUCUAUGUCAAGUGCAAGUAAUCAAUUCCGACUAACUUUUUUUCUAGCCUAUCACUAAUUAAAUUUGUAUACAUAUUUCUCAUUGGAUU